AUCAAUUGGCUCGAACAAAAGCAAAGUGGCUUGGGAAGGCUCUCGGCAUUUGAUCUUCGCUUCUCACUCGCGAUCAUCGCCACGGCUCGUCCCACAAAAUCACUCUCAAGCAAAAUCACAAAAGCCAAGGUUGAAAAUGGAGAUCGGAAGCUGGAUUUGGUUUUUCGCCGUCUGCACUUAUUUUUCUUCUGCCCAGACGCGGCCUCAGGGGUGGGAUGAGAGAAUAAACUUGACCGACUGCUGGAAUCACCGAAGAAAUCGAUCAAUUUUUGAAGCUUCAGGCGUUCAGAAUUUCAACGACUGCGGCCGCUGGAACAAAAGUGGAAACCCUCCGUGGAUUGUUUACCUCCGAACUUAUGAUGGCGAAUGGGAUUAUGGAGUUCUUGUAUCAGACAAAACAAUCAUCUCGGAAUAUGGAUGGCCUGAUGAGUUUAUCACCGCGCAAAAAGAGGGGAAGGGAAUUCAAAUUUAUGCCGGCGAAUGUGAAGACGAAGAUGAUGCACAAAAAUGCUUCUUUCAAAGAGGUUUAUUGCAGAACAAAAAGGUUUUGCACGUGAAGAAGGUGGAAUUGAAGCACGGCGGAUUUUACUCCAAGACGAUCAACGUUUUGCGAAUCGACAAAGUGGAUUUGAGGCCGAAUUUGCAGCCUGCGUGUUUAUGGAAUUGGGACAACACGAACGACGAACACGAGACUUUUUAUGUUGUCUCUGAUUGGCAUAGUGAACAGAAAAAAUUAGACUUCCUAACAGAGCAAAAGUGUUACAAAGAGGAAAAGAUUUACAAAUUUGAAUGCGACCUCUACGGGAAUUCAAUCUGCACUUCAAGAAAUGCUUUCUCACAUUAUUUGCUUAUUGAGCGAGAUCAACGAUUUUAUCUACGCGCAAUUGAAGCCAAUUCUACAAAUAGCACCUCAACAUGGGUGGACUUGUUGCCGUUCUUCAAUCAAAUCACUUCAGCGUCCGUCAAUUAAGAAUAAUAUUUUUCACCCACCAAUGCCUAGCAAACAUUUGGCGACGAAUGCAAGUUUUUAAAUUUUGAAAGUUUUUUCGUGAAAGGAACCAUUAAAUAUUAAGAAAAAAUUGUAUUAUAUCAAACUAAAUGAGGAGUUUUAUUUUAAAUCUUAUUUUUAAAAUUGGACAAA